AUGGCGAAUUACAAGUCCCUCGACGCCAUCUCCGUCGCCGAUAUCCAAUCCCUGGCGGGAAUUACGCCGUCGCUAGCCCAGAAAUUCCAUGCCGAACUCGCCGAAAUCGUCCGAGAUCACGGCGCCGGCACACCAGCGACGUGGACUCACAUUUCCAGACGCCUCCUGAACCCUGACCUUCCCUUCUCGCUACAUCAGAUGAUGUACUAUGGUUGCUUCAAGGACUUCGGACCUGACCCGCCCGCUUGGUCCCCCGACCCGGCUAGUGCAAUCUUGAGUAAUGUUGGCCAGCUCUUGGACAAACAUGGGGAAGAGUUUUUGGGUUCAGGGUACAAGGAUCCCAUCUCAAAUUUUGCUGAUUUUCAGCAGUUUUCAGUCUCGAAACCAGGAGUUUAUUGGAGAACUGUGUUUGAAGAAAUGGACAUUUCAUUCUCGGUCCCACCCAAAUGUAUUUUGCAUGAGAAUCCAUCACAUGAGAGCUCUGUGCCAAACCCAGGUGGUGAAUGGCUGCCUGGAGCAUAUCUCAAUCCUGCAAAGAGUUGCUUGAGUUGCAACAGUAAGAGAAUCUUGAAUGAUGUAGUACUGAGAUGGCGGGACGAAGGAAAUGAUGAUCUGCCUGUAAGCAGCAUGACACUAGAGGAGUUGCGCCAAGAGGUCUGGUUAGUUGCCUAUGCACUUGAUACAUUGGGUUUGGAGAAUGGAUCAGCCAUUGCAAUUGACAUGCCAAUGAACGUCAAGUCUGUGGUUGUCUACUUGGCUAUUGUGCUGGCUGGAUAUGUAGUUGUGUCAAUUGCUGACAGCUUUGCAUCAACAGAAAUAUCAACCAGACUUAAAAUAUCCAAAGCAAAAGCCAUAUUUACACAGGACCUUAUAAUUCGUGGUGAGAAAAGUAUUCCCCUGUACAGUCGAGUUGUGGAGGCUCAGGCACCCAUGGCAGUUGUUAUUCCUUCCAAAGGAAGAAGCUUCAGUACAGAGUUGCGAGAUGGUGAUGUUUCUUGGCACGAUCUCCUGGAUAGAGUUAUAGAUUCCAGAGGGAAUGAAUUUGCUGCUGUGGAACAACCAGUUGGUGCUUUCACAAAUAUUCUUUUCUCAUCUGGUACAACAGGGGAUCCGAAAGCAAUUCCAUGGACCCAGGCAACUCCUUUGAAAUCUGCAGCAGAUGCAUGGUGCCACAUGGAUAUCCGCAAAGCAGAUGUUGUUGCCUGGCCCACUAACCUUGGCUGGAUGAUGGGUCCCUGGCUGGUGUAUGCUUCAUUGUUGAAUGGAGCUUCAAUUGCUUUGUAUAAUGGAUCACCACUUGGUUCCUCGUUUGCCAAAUUUGUGCAGGAUGUCAAUGUUACAAUGCUUGGGGUCAUCCCCAGUAUUGUCCGUGCGUGGAAAAGUUCGAACAGUACAGCUGGCUACGACUGGUCAUCAAUUCGCUGCUUUGGCUCGACUGGUGAAGCUUCAAGUGUUGAUGAAUAUUUAUGGUUGAUGGGGAGAGCCAACUACAAACCGGUCAUUGAAUACUGUGGUGGCACAGAAAUUGGAGGUGGUUUCGUUACAGGAUCCUUGUUGCAACCACAAUCAUUGGCUGCUUUCAGCACUCCAGCAAUGGGCUGCAGAUUAUACAUUCUAGGUGACAAUGGACUUCCUAUACCACAGGAUGCGGCUGGAAUCGGUGAACUAGCUCUUGGUCCUCACAUGUUUGGUUCUUCAAGCACACUGCUGAAUGCUGACCACUAUAGCGUGUAUUUCAAGGGAAUGCCUUCGCUUGAUGGAAAAGUCCUGCGGAGGCAUGGCGACUUUUUUGAGCGCACUGCAAGCGGAUACUAUAGGGCACACGGUCGUGCUGAUGAUACGAUGAAUCUCGGGGGUAUCAAGGUUAGUUCUGUGGAGAUCGAGCGAAUUUGUAAUGCAGCAGACGACUGUGUCCUCGAGACAGCUGCAAUUGGGGUGCCACCCCCUGAAGGUGGUCCUGAACACUUGGUUAUAGCUGUUGUUCUCAAGAACCCAGAUCAUUUAGUAGACUUGGAUCAGCUGAAGAAGUCUUUCAAUCUGGCAGUGCAAAAGAAGCUGAAUCCAUUGUUCAGGGUUUCUGUGGUUGUCACUGUUGCUUCCCUUCCAAGAACGGCUACCAACAAGGUCAUGAGGCGAGUUCUGCGGCAGCAGUUCAGUCAGCCACAGGACAUGAAUCCUAAACUGUGA